AUGUCCGAGACACAUAGCGAGAUCCCAGAUCAACGUUGGAGUGCGAUGAUGAUACACCUGCCCCAUGGUCAAGCUGCUUUCGCCGCUACCGUGCACGCGAACACGACUUUCAAGGCUAAUGUUGCUGAGCGUGUUCACCACCAAGGACAUGCACAGCGUGAAGCAAAGACUCGCAUCUUGAAGAAACGCAAGAUCAACCACGCAUUUGUCGAUGUCAACAAACCAAGAUGUACCCACCAGUUUACUUAA